AUGGGUCCGAAAAAGAAAGGGAAAGGUAAAAAAAAGGGUGAAGGCAAAAAGAAGAAAGCAGCCGCCGAAGCUGCCAACACUGAGCCCAUUAUCCCACUUGAGGAGAAUACGAAACAGUUCUAUCUAAUUCAAAUUCAAAGUCUUCGCAAGAAAGUCGAUGAGUUACAAGCAGAAUGCGAUCAAUAUCUAGCAUCCCAACGUGACAACAAUGAUCGUUUAGCAACAUUGAAGGAAAUUCAUGUUGGUUCGCGUGCGUUUCUCGGUCGUCAAAUGGACGAGAUUAACUUGGAAAUCAACCAUUUAAAUCGCCAAUUGAAAGAAUUGAACGACUUAAAAGAAGUGGAACGAAAUGAAUUUCAAAAGCAAAUCUAUGAACUACGCACGCGAGAUUUACAGGAGACACGAGAGAAAUAUGAAAGUGAAAAUCACAUGUUACGAUCGAAAUUGAAUUCGUUAGAUGAACUAAAGAUGAAAAAAGAAAGUUUAUUCAACGAAAUUAGACAAUUAGACGAGCAAUUGGAACAGCAAGAACAUGAUCAGCAAGAAGAACUGUACUACAAAGAAAAAGAAUCUAUUCUGGCCAAAGACAAAUUACGCAAGGAAAUGGUCGCACGGGUCAACGAUCUGUCCGCGGAGUUUCGUCGGGUCUCGAAAAUGCAAGUUGUGCAAACAACUCGACAGAUUAUUCUCGAAAACGUCCGAUUAAAUAAUCAAAUGGCUAUUAUUGAAGCAGAUUAUAAUAAUGUGGAGAUUCAGAACGGAAAAAUACGUGAACAAAAAAAGAGUAAAUCAUUAGAAUACAGCUUGCUCGAUGAGCGAGAACGUAUGAUGGCACGAAAAAACCGUAAAACUUAUCAAUUAAUCGAAAAAUUAACAGAAGAAUGUACAGCACAUGAACAGUUCAUUGGUACUCUUGAAGAAAAGAUCGCCUCGUUUGAUUACACACAAGAACUUAUCGAUCAACUGGAAGAAGUUAGUGCUGAUACUGAAAAACGUCGUGAUCAAGUCUGUGAAGAGAAUGAAUUAUUACGACGAACGAUUAGUCAACGAAAAGAAGUUCUUGAUAAAUGUGAGCAUGAUAUGGAUAAAGCCGAAUUUACCAUUGCUAAGACAAUUGCAGCAUUGGAAGAUGUUUUGCAAGAUACGACCGAUUCGCGUCGAACGAUCGAUACUCGUCUAUGUGCGUUUGAAAACAUCUUUCGAUUGCUCGAUACUGCUACGCAACUGGGUAUAGGACCAAAAUUGAAUGAGUUAGCUGUUAAUGGCGAAGCUGAUCUUGUAGCAACAUCAAUCGACGGUAGUCGAUUACCUUCAGCAUCACAACAGUUAGGUUCUCUGAAAAAAGUUAAAACAAAAUCCGUCGCUACACAAACAAAUAUCUCCAAUCGAAAUCCUGUUCCGUAUCAUAUUCAAGAUGAUUUGACAUCGUAUCGACCAAGAUCAUUAAAAAAACGUCCACCAUCUUUAGUUACUACAUAA